AUGGAAUCUAAGCAGUUGAGAAUAAGAUGCGGUCAAGUGAAGGCGCAACUUACUCGUAUUCAGACAUUUUUCAGAACAACAGAUGGGCCAACAGUGGUUGAAGCACGAUUAGAAAAAUUAAUAGAAUUAUGGGAUAAAUUUGAAGAACUUCAGAGUUCUCUCGAGAGCAUACAGGAAAUCUUAACCGAGGAGGAGGAGUUGCAGGAAGCUCAAAGCGACAGCGAGGCUAAACGUGCAGCGUUUGAGGCAAUGUAUUACGACGUGGCGGCGAAGGCUCACGGUAUAAUAGACAGAGCCAAUAAGGCACGAGAACACCGAACAUUAGAAUUGAAUCAAGGUAACAAUCGUCAGGACGAAAGGAAUUAUGUAAGAAGAGCCAAGCCCAAGCUGCCGGAAAUAAAACUCCCUGAAUUUCGCGGAGAAUACACGAAAUGGAUGUUUUUCAAGAAUAGUUUCGAAUCGACAAUUCGUAACGAUGAGGAUCUCUCGCCGGUGCAAAAGCAUCAAUAUCUCGUAGGGGUGCUUCAAGGUGAAGCUCGACAAGUAAUUCAAGGUUUUAAAAUUUCACAUGAAAACUAUGAGAGUGCAUGGAAAUUGCUCAAGGAUACCUAUGACAAUGAGAUGAUCAUAAUCGAGACACAUCUCGACGAAUUGUUAAAAUUUCCGAAUAUCACGAAGAAAAAUAAAGCUGAAUCAAUCCGACAAUUUAUUUGGCAUAUUCAGACACACGUUAAGUCGCUUGAAGCGUUGCAACAGCCCGUAUUUGAAUGGGAGACAAUCAUAAUAACUCUGGCAAAGAAAAAACUCGAUUUCACAAAGCAGCGAGAUUGGCAGAACAUUGUUAAAGGUAAAACACCUCACAAUAUGCCACGACUAGACGAAUUUAUCAAGUUUUUGACGGAACGUUGUCACAUGCUCAGAGUCUUGAACAACUCGAAGGAGAAGUCUGCAGCACAAAGGCAACAGCAGCAAAAAAAGAGUGAGAAAAAGAUUUCUCUUGCUUCGACAUCAUCGAUUUGUAAGAUUUGCAACGGAGAUCAUCCAGUAUACAAAUGCGAUGAGUUGUUCAAAACCGCAACAUCGGAAAGAUUUAAAUUGGUUAGAGAGAAGCAACACUGCGUAAAUUGUCUCAAGCCAGGGCAUUAUGCAAAAAAUUGCAAAGCAUCAUUUUGUAAAAAUUGUCAAGGCAAGCACAACACUAUUCUACAUAGAGAAACGGAAACAUCGUCGCAUGAGAACAAAUAUACGGAAACAUCAUUAGUGACAAUUUGCUCAGAGAAUUUAUCGACGAAAGCCAUACCCACAGAAGUUUCGAGAGAUGAGAAGAAAGUAGGAGUAUACUACACUCAAAGACCAGCGUCCCGUGUGGUACUAUCAACAGCUCGAGUAUAUGUACAAGAUGAAGAGGACAACCAACAGAUUUGCAGGGCAUUACUUGAUCCCAGAUCACAAUCAAAUCUAAUAACAGAAAAAAUGAUACGAAAACUUAAGUUGUCAUGCCGAUCAGAAGACCGAGAUAUCUGCGGCGUCAGUCAGUCGAGAACAAGAAUACGAAAGGUCGCGCAAGUAAGGCUUGCGUCGAUGCACAAUGACUUUGCGACAAUACUCGAGUGUCUCGUCUUACCAUCGAUAACAGAAGAUUUACCGCAAAAAAGGAUCGAAAUGAAUAGCAUCACGUUACCGAAGAAUAUUUCUCUGGCAGGCCCUAUUUUCCAGGAACCAGGAUCGAUUGAUCUAUUGAUUGGCGCAGAAUUAUAUUGGAAAAUACUUUUAGGCGCAUCGCGAAAUCGCAUAAACGGGCAACCUGCGUUGCAAAAUACAAAGCUUGGCUGGAUAGUAGGAGGUUCUCUAAACGACUCUAAAUGA